UGCCCGGCGAGUUAAAACAGGCAUCAGAUUUACUCCAAGCGUGUCUCUUUCUCUUAUCUCUGGGGAUUUCGGCGAGGAGGAUUCCAAGGGAUCCAGGAGCGCCCGCACGGCCUGUGCCGAUCAGCCGCGAUGAACUGCGAGACCUGCCAUCUCAAUGAACUGGAGCUGGAGACUACGGAGAUCAAAGAUGUUCUGCGAUGCAUUCUGCAUACAAUCUUCUUCCAUCGAACUCUUACUCUUGUUCGGCCCAAAGAUGUUGACUGUGACCUCUUUGAGAUCACCUAUGUGCAAUGUGGACUCGCAGAAUUAGAAAAGGAGGUCGAUGAAAAGAUCAACCAGUUCAUUGCUUGGGCAGAAAAGCAUCCGAAUCGCAAAAGCCAGGUGUGCCUCUCCUUCUUCGAUGAAAAGAACAAGCACCCAGGCUGGUUCAGCAACAAGACUGAGAGGAUUUACUGGGAACAAUGGUUUAUCAAUUUACAUGUCACAAGCCCAAAAGGACAAGGAAAAUCACGUGGCUCCAAAGGGCCAACAAAUUCUAAAGGACAAGCAUUAGAAGAGGCCAGCUCAAGCUCAAGACGUGAUGCACUGGGCUUGCUGAUCCAAGAGGUCCUGUUCCAGAUCAUAAACUACGCCAAUGAGAAAAAAGACCAUAUUCCUCCGAUCUCUGACAGGAUAUUCAAUCACGAGAUUUUAAUCCCCAGGUGACACCUUUUCCUUGGACGUGUGUUGACAGCUCUUCUGAUUCCGUCUUUGGGUGGAACGCCGACGUUCUUCGGAGAGCGCUGAGUAGUGGACAUUCGUACUCACUGAACUGAAGGUCUUUAUAGGAAUCUGCACAAAACGGAUGGAGAUGUCGAUGUGGGCGUGCUUGGUUGUGUUGAAGAGGCCAUUCCGUCAGAACUGAUUCAUGAAAGCCAGUGUUGUGUACAGAAUAAUAGUGUAGACUUGCAGAGCUGACUCUGUUGCUGAUGUAAGCACCGUGUGGUUCGUAGUACUCGUUUAGCUGUAAAUACUACUCUUGACAAGCUGUGGCCAAUAAUAUUAUGUUCCGUUGGAGGUUA